AUGGAGGACGAUCAGCAGUUCUGCCUUAGGUGGAACAAUCACCAAACGACGUUAAUUCAAAAUUUUGAUACAUUGCUGGAAAGCGGUACCUUGGUCGACUGCACCUUGGCAGCGGAGGGGAAAUACCUUAAAGCCCACAAAGUUGUCCUCUCCGCGUGUAGUCCAUACUUUGAGGGUCUUCUUAGUGAGCACUAUGACAAACAUCCUGUUUUCAUCCUUAAAGAUGUCAAGUUUAAAGAAUUAAAAGCCAUGAUGGACUACAUGUACAGAGGAGAGGUGAACAUCUCUCAGGACCAAUUGGCAGCUCUUUUAAAAGCCGCCGAGUCGUUACAAAUCAAAGGGCUCUCGGAAAGUAAAACCGGCAGCAGUGGUAGUACAAGUAGCAGUAAGGCAGAAACAAGAUCACAAAAGACUGCACCCUCAGCCCCCUCGUUGGACAUUCCUCACUCGUCUUCCGGCCUCACAAUUGAGAAAAAUAAUAAAGUUCCUCGUCAAAGUCUCGCCCAGACCUCUGUUGGCGAUUUACCCGAAGAUUCCGCAAGUCCCUCUUUAUCAAAAGGCAUUUCCUCCAGGGAAGGCUCAGUAAGUCCAAACGGACGAAAACGUAAAAGAUACAGGCGAAGAAGUCUAAAUGAUGACAACCCAAUUGACAACCACGAAACCUCAAACUCGAGCGACAUGUCUCAUCAACCCUUGAACGUGCCUGCUCUUGGUGUUGCCCCGGUAGCCGAUGAAAAAUCAAUGUCUGACCCAUCUGACGCUCUUGGCAGAUCCGCACUUAUGCAACAACUGACUAAACCCGCUGACGAUAUGCUAACGAUGCCUGUUGAAAAACCUGAGCCUAAUGACACACUGAUUGAGCCAAAGUCUGAGUACCUGGAUGAAGCCGAGGACAGUGUUGAAGACUUGACACUUGAUGACGAAGGAAUGGAUGACACUAUGGAUGAUGGAAACAGAGCUGGACCCUCUCACGACCCCUCCCACCCUGGCCUUGGAUCGUGGCAUGUAACUGGCGACCGAAGUAACGCGGGAGGCGUUGUCGGAUCUGUAGUUGCUGGAGCACCUGGUUCUAACGAUGAAGUUUUUAUGCAGGCCCAGGAAGCUGCGCAGGCACACCGCGACUCUCAAGGUAGGCACAACUCGCCAAUUUAUACCUGCCUUCGGCUCCCGUAACAAUCGGCACAAUUUAAUCUCUAAAUUUUUCAACAUUUUUUUUUUAUCAAUCAAAAUAAUUACAUAAUCGCGUAAUAAUUUCCGCUUCGAUAAAUGAGUUACUCAUUUGAAAAUCAGAUAAAAUUCCAUUCUUGAUAUUUUUUUUUUAUUUAAUUAAAAAAUUAAGUGCCCAUUGCGCA